AUGAACGGGAACUUAGUGUCCCAUAAUCAGAAUCACAGGCUUUUGGGGGUUACGGAUAUUAGGGGAAUUGGGCCAUCGGUAACAGCACAUAUAAGACAAGUAACACAACGAGGAGGAUAUUUUCCUGGGUUUUUUAACUUGGGCUCAGUUCCGAGGACGAGGCCGCAACCCCGGAAUGAAUAUCAGCCCUGUAGGGCCCAGACUGUGAGCUCUUCGGAAUCUAUUGGCUCUUUGAGACGCGCGCGCGGAACGCUACGUGCCGUACGCUCGGGUCAGGUUCUGGUCGGGCGGUCAGCUAGCCUUGCUCGCCGUCCCGAGUCUCGCGCUUACGGUAGCUGGAGAUCAUCGCCCUAUUCCGACGCCCGGAGUGUCAUUUAUAGGUCCCUCACGCGCUCCGCCUCCUCAUUUGCGAUCAUAAUUGCUUCGCAGAAGCAGUAA